AUGUUAAGAAGUCAAGGCCAAACACUGCUUUUCUACUGUCUAGCAGUGUCUCUCACUGCUGCUGUCGUUGCUUCGCAAGAAUGCGCCAAAGGACAGUACUGGUGCCAGGACCGCUGCGGUACGGACCGGGAUACUUGUUGCGAGACCCCCAGCUCAAAGCAUAAUCUCUGCGGCCCAGGUACAAUUUGCUGUGGAUUCGGCUGCUGUCCUGACAGUACCUUCACUUGCAAUGCCGACUUCAGCUGCACUGGGCCCGAUGGCCAGAUCAUCCCCCCUGUGCCAAAUCCCGAUGAAUCUGGCGACCCGUAUCAAACUUCCAUAACUGUCGGAACUCUCUCUCAAGACGCUCCUUCCACCACCAACGUAAAUAGCCCUACGCAUUCUUCAGCACAGCCGAGCGACGCCGCCAAUUCCACCCUCGUCUCCUCGGAAACACAGCCGAGCACUAUGAGAACCAUUCACUCAAGUUCUCCUACGGAAUGGACGAUGCCCUCGGCUACGGUCAGCAGCGAAACUCUCUACGCCACUCAGACCGAAAAUGGCAGUGGAACGCUCCCAUCGCCUGGCACAACCUACGAGAGUCCUACUGAGACCACGGUAUUUCCACCCAACUCCCUGACAUCUUUACAGACGCCCGAUGUCACUUCGAAAGCUGGGCCUGUGGUUGUGAUCGGGACGGAGACCUUGACACUCCCCGAGGUUAUCUCAUCAACAACUCUCACUACUAUGGAUCAAACUUUCACUAUUGCACCCCCAGUUGAGGGAGACUUCACACAGUACCCAACAAUUGUUGUCAUUGGAUCCGAAACCGUUACUCUACCCCCAGUCUCAGAAGCGACCACAAUGGUCACCUUGGACUCGACCUUUACCCUCUUACCACCAACAUCUCCCAGUCUCACUUCUGUAUCAAGAUCUCCUGAUGGAACCACAGCUCCAACCUCGCCAAAUGUAUCCAAUACAACUCAUGCACCGACGGCACCACAAUCAACAGCUUCAAUGCCCCCCGAGACUACAGGCACCGCCAUCAACCCGUCUUAUCCAAUACAGCCAUCUUUGUCGCCGACGAAUCCAAGAUCGAAUUCGACAGGAUCUGUCAUUGCUAUCAUAGGGACGGAAACCUUGCAUCUCCCAACGGUAUCCCUCCACAGCACCAUAACUACGAAAGGCCGGACCAUCACUCUCGUGUCUGGAGGCCCACCGACCAUCACUAUAGUCGAGCCAUCCGAAGAGCCGUCGUCCACUGGAACAUCGUCUACUGCGGAUUUUGUCACCUUCACGUCAUGGCCCCCACAAGCUCUCAUAACGCCCGUCGAAAUUAGUGUGAACAAGCCAGAGCCCUCAAAAGACAAAGAGGGCUCUGUCAUUCCGUGUGACCUAUGGUUCUUCUCGAUAAUCAAGCUUCCCCAAUCGAUUGUGAUUCAUGGAGAGUUGCCGCCAUGGCCCAAAUUCACUGUUGGUCAGGACCAUGUCCCUACAUUUCCUUCCGAGCCUGAGCCCACCAAGUGUGAGACAAAGACAGCGUCCCUCUGCGCUACAACAACGCCAGUAGUCUUGUCGACCAUAGAAGGACAACUGAGAACUUUGACGACUGGAACACCUACUUCUACCUGUGCCGAAAUGCGCGGUUGUCUCGUUGCAGAUUCCACUCAUGAAGCAACCAUAACGAAGACCGCGGAAUGUGAGACUGCAACUGCCACCGACAUCGUUGUCACUUGUAGUGGAAGCGGAACGACGGCUUGCUCGACGAAAACAGGAUCUCCCAAAACAGGCUGCGAUGUUACAGCCACUACGACGACGGUGUCCUGCACCCCGAUGCCAAGCGGAGGCCAGAGACGGCAGGCGAUUGAAGGCGCAGCUCCUGCGUGUCCUGCUAAGGAUCAAUACAUUGUUUGGCCGCAGGAUGGGACAAGGACCCACGAGACUUCAGCCGUUGUCAUCGAGAUACAGCGCAUCAUUUCUUUGGAUGCUCAGAUUGUAGUCUCGGAUACUAAAGAUUUGGGUGUUAACUUCUGGCGAGUGCUCAUGGAUUCGGAUCAGGCAGAUGAAGUCAGACAUAUUGCAAACGUUGCAUCUGUUUAUCGAGAAUGUACAUCAGACUGUUCAGACCCGACGAUACAGGAUUCGAAGAUUUCCUGGAGAUACCAAAGCCAAUACCUUGACGAGCAAAUUUACGCAACAGACCACAUCAAGCAGAUGGCAUAUAUCUCGGCAAACAAGGGGUCGGACGACAAGAGAUACAAUGAGCACUAUUAUUUCGACAUCAGUGCCGGAGAAGAUGUUCCUGUCUACAUCGUUGACACUGGGGCUCAGAUGGACCACAUUGAGUUUACUUUGAGGGACAAUGUAGCUUCCAAAACUGAAUUCAUUUUCAUCGGCGAAGACUUCGAUGGUCAGCAAAACCGAGAUGAUUCGAAUAUUCAACAGAAUGGCGAGUGUGCUUCACCGGUGCAUUGUAAAGCGCACGGCACGGCGAUGUUGAGCAUUAUUGCUGGAGCAAAUAUCGGAAUUGCGAAGAAGGUGAAGCCUAUUAUGGUACGCGUCCCACGACGUCAAAAGAAAGGAGGUGGUGCCAGUCCCGAGCAGUGGCUAAGUGCCUUGUCUGCGGUUGAUGAUGCCAUUCCAGAUCAGAGCGCUACUACGAGAGCAAUUCUCUGUAUGGCACAGGGCCAUCAGUCGGAGAACUUUCGGAGAGAUUGGGUGAUGCAGAAUAAGGGAAAGGUACAGGAUGCUGAGAAGGAGGCCUUUGAACAAUGGGCCCGGUUCAGGCUCCGCAUGCACCGGAUUCUCACCAGCCUCAUCGCCAAAGGAGUCUUCAUUGUCACUGGUUCUGGCAACGCUUUUGUGUUGAACACCUUGCCCGCUGAAUUUGCACCCGAACACCAGAAGGACUAUUCUCUCUCGAUCCCAGAGUUAUUGGUUGUGGGGGCCGCUGACAUAACUGACGGAAGUCGAUGGUGGAAAUCGGGGUUGGGGACAUCUGGUCUGCCUCAUAUUUAUGCGCCUGGGGAAAAAUUGAUUGUUGCUGAGGGAAACAAAGCCGCCUGGCCCAGUAGAUUUGAGGACCGCGGCAAAACCACACAGAAAAGGCAGACUGGCGACAAGAAGAGCUUUUACAAAUUCUCCCAGGGGACUUCGGAUGCAACUGCGUACACGGCGGGACUUGCAGCCUACUUCCUCAAAUUGCACCAGCUUGGACGUUUAGGUCCUGACGCAAAGGGAAAUCCGCCUGAUAUGAGUCCAGCUGGGCUUAAGAGGUACAUCAUUAACAACGGCUGGGUGCGACAAAAUGAGAACAACGACGGCGUAUUGGGAAUCUGGAAUGGCGCGACUAUUGAGAGUCUGGAGCGCGAAGGCUUUUGUCCCUACAUUACAGGCACUACCAACAUAUUCCGACUUCGGCGACAAGAAGGCGCGGCCUUGACUGGGCAAUGUGUCCCUGGCACUUCCCCAACAGCUUCUGCAGGCUCAACGCACAAUCCAUCAGCAACAGCAACACCCACAGGUAGCGGCACAGUGGCACCCACUGCCAUUCCAACGACCUUCGUCUGCACCGAGGAGACUGCUGGCAAGUGCGCUCCCAGCGUCGUUUGUAGUAGGCCUCGGGUGAAUGCCUGCGUUGAUGGGAAGUGCGUUUGUAUUCUUCCCGACCUACCAGCACCCAGUAGUUUUGUCUGCACCGAGACGACAGUCGACAAGUGUUCCCCUGGAGUCGUCUGCAGUGCACCUCAGACCAACGGCUGCAUCGACGGGAAAUGUGUCUGCGUCUUGCCCGACCUGCCUUCCAAGACUGCGGCUAUCCAGACCACUCUGUCUACGGUCACUUCGAAGCCACCCGAUCCCGUACCAACUCGUACAGAGACGCCGAAGACGCCUGUUGUAAUCGGCGAGCGCAAGUGCCAUGACGCUAGCAUUUACACUGGUAAAACGGACAUUUGGAAAUCUUCGGUAUACGAUGCUUCAUUAAGGGCCUGCACUGAGUGCAAAGCGCUUAUGAAAGCCGAUUCAGAGACUCUAAGGCGAGAUGACAGUUGGGGCGGGGUCCGCUAUGACAUGUCAAUCAGCUGGAAGUCAGGGUGCGUGUCGACAACCGAGUCAAUCAAUUGCACAAAUCCUAUGCAAGAUAAAACAAUGGUUCACAAUACCGCCUGCGAGAAACUCUUCCAGGAAAAUUGGAAAAAUUGUGGGUUGACGAACUCCAAACAGGAAUCGAAGUGCCAUGGCUAA